CUUUGGAGUCACGUUUUGCUCUACUGUGCGGGUGCUGAAGAUCCCUAGGGACAGACCUGGGUCCUAGGUACCAGGAAAUGGAACUGUUGACAUUCAGGGAUGUGACUGUUGAUUUUACUGAAGAGGAGUGGAAAUGUCUGGAGCCUGCUCAGCAAAAUUUACAUAGAGAUGUGAUGUUAGAGAACUACAGAAACUUUGUCUUCCUGGCCAUGACUUCUCAUCAUACCCAAGCAUUUUCACCAGAGCAGGGCAUAAAACAUAUAUUUCAAAAAGUGAUAAAUGGAAAAUAUGGAAAUUGUGACUUUGACUACUUAAAACAAAGAAAAAUAUUGAAAAUGGCAACUGAGAAUGAACAUCAGAAAUUAUAUUAUCAAAAGUCAGCCCUUACUCACCACCACAGAAUUUGUACUGGGAAGAAGUCCUUUAAAUGUAAAGAAUGUGAUAAAGUUUUUAAUGAUAAAUCACACCUUAUUGACCACCAGAGAAUUCAUACUGGAGAGAAGCCCUACAAUUUUAAAUAUGAUAAAACUUUUUAUCGAAGAUCAAUUCUUACUCAACAGCAGAUAAUUCAUACUUGUGAGAAGUUCUUCAAAUGUGGAGAAUGUGAUAAAACUUUUAAUCAAAAAUCAAACCUUAUUCACCACAGCAGAAUUCAUACUGGAGAGAAGCCCUACAAAUGUAAAGAAUGUAAUAAAACUUUUAAUAGAGGAUCACUCCUUAUUCUCCACAGCAGAAUUCAUACUGUAGAGAAGCCCUGCAAAUAUGAAGAAUGUAACAAAACUUUUAAUGCAAAAUCACACCUUAUUGACCACCAAAGAAUUCAUACUGGGGAGAAGCCCUACAAAUGUAAAGAAUGUGGCAAAGCUUUUAAUAAAAAAUCAAGCCUUACUUGCCACAAGAGAACACAUACCGGAGAGAAGCCCUACAAUUGUGAAGAAUGUGACAAAGUUUUUAAUAAAAAAUCAAGUCUUUUUUACCACAGCAGAAUUCAUACAGAACAGAAGCCCUGCAAAUGUACAGGAUGUGACAAAGCUUUUAAUCAAAAAUCAAGUCUUACUCGCCACCAGAGAAUCCAUACCGGGGAGAAGCCCUACAGAUGUAAAGAAUGUGGCAAAGCUUUUAAUCGAAAAACUAGUCUUACCUACCACAGUAGAAUUCAUAGUGGAGAGAAACCCUACAAAUGUGAAGAAUGUGACAAAGCUUUUAAUGCAAAAUUACGCCUUAUUGACCACCAUAGAAUUCAUACUGGGGAGAAGCCCUACAAAUGUAAAGAAUGUGGCAAAGCUUUUAAUCAAAAAUCAAGCCUUACUUGCCACAAGAGAACACAUACUGGAGAGAAGCCCUACAAAUGUGAAGAAUGUGACAAAGUUUUUAAAAACAAAUCAAGUCUUAUUUACCACAGCAGAAUUCAUACAGGACAGAAGCCCUGCAAAUGUACAGAAUGUAACAAAGCUUUUAAUCAAAAAUCAAGUCUUAUUCGCCACCAGAGAAUCCACACCGGGGAGAAGCCCUACAGAUGUAAAGAAUGUGGCAAAGCUUUUAAUCGAAAAACUAGUCUUACCUACCACAGUAGAAUUCAUAGUGGAGAGAAGCCCUACAAAUGUGAAGAAUGUGACAAAGCUUUUAAUGAAAAAUCAAGCCUUAUUUGCCACCAGAGAACACAUACUGGAGAGAAGCCCUACAAAUGUGAAGAAUGUGACAAAGUUUUUAAAGAAAAAUCAAGCCUUAUUUACCACAGCAGAAUUCAUACUGGAGAGAAGCCCUACAAAUGUACAGAAUGUGACAAAGCUUUUAAUAAAAAAUCAAGUCUUACUCGCCACCAGAGAAUCCACACCGGGGAGAAACCCUACAAAUGUAAAGAAUGUGGCAAAGCUUUUAAUCGAAAAACUAAUCUUACCUACCACAGUAGAAUUCAUAGUGCAGAGAAGUCCUACAAAUGUGAAGAAAGUAACAAGAUUUUUAAUGCAAAAUCACACCUUAUUGACCACCAUAGAAUUCAUACUGGAGAGAAGCCCUACAAAUGUAAAGAAUGUGGCAAAGCUUUUAAUCAAAAAUCUUACCUUAUUAGACAUCAGAGAAUUCAUAUUGGAGAGAAGUCUACAAAUGAGAACAUUUUACCAUUCCUGUAAGGAUGAGUAAAAAUUUAUUCCGAGUCAGAAAAAAUCAUAGCAAAGAGAAUUAUCCAAAUGGAAAAACUGUGACAGUGUGACAAUAUCUCCAACAAUUGAUCAUCCUUUACUCAGCACCUGAGAAUACAACCUGGUUAGAGAGAGUACAAGUGGAAAAAGUUGUUCAAAGCUCUUAGCCAUUGCUCAAACAUUACUGAACAUUAGAGAAUUCAUAGUGCUCAUAAACCCCAAAAAGUUAAAAGUUUUCAAGAUUUUAUUUAAAUUUUGAAUUUAUUGAACAUCUGAAACCUCAUACCUGUAGUGAACAUUGAAUAGCAUUUGUAAAAAAUAUAUGCCUUAUAUAGCAGCAAAGUACUUGCAAUAAAAAUCCUUAACAAAUAUAAAACAAGUAAAGUUCUUUUCUAUGCCUCAUACCUUGAUGUAUAAGAGGAUCAGUAAAAGAGAUCAUUUAAAUAUAGAAAAUGAAUAGUUGCCUUUAACUUUGGCUUAAAAUUUAUUAAGCAUUUUUAAUUGAUGAGGUAGAUAUAAAAAAUUGUCAUAAAUAUUACACAUCCUUAGUGUAGAAAGCUCAUCUUUGGAAGAAUAUACAUUUCUUAUAAAUCAAAAUUUCUAAGUAUUCUUAUUUUUGAAUACUGGAGGAAAGAGUUAUAAGAGAUCUGUUUUUGAGUUUUUUAAAAUAAAUUUCAAUGUUUAAAACUUUAUUUUUUGUACUGUGGAUUGAAUUUAGGGAUGCUUAACCAUGAAAUCACAUUCCCAGGGUCCCUCCCCACUUUUUCAAAUUUUGAGUUGGGUGUUGAUAACUUGCUAAAAACCUCACUUAAGUUUCUGAGACUGACUUUGAGCUUGUGAAACUCUUUCCUCAUCUUCCCAAUUUGCUGGAAUUACAGACAUGAGCUACCAUGUCCAGUUUACAGGGCACUUUUAGCUAUAUUCACAUUAUGUAUGCAAUAUGUUAAUAAAUAUAAGUGAAUGUGUUAAUGUUAAUGUUAACACUGUCAUGUAUUGAAUUUUGUCAUUAUCUCACAAAUAUAGUAUUCUACUCAACAAAAGAUAUAUAUUACAGUAAAACAUACUAUUGGGUAAAUAGUACUGUAACACCUCAACUAUUAUACACAUUUUAAUCAAACUUAUUUGGGAAGUAUAAUUUUCAUAAAUUGGAUCCUUAUACUUUUUCUGUUUGUAUUUAUGGAAAAAUUGUUUUAAGAAGGAUAAAGAGAUAAUGAAAAUAAGCCUCAUUUUUAUAUCCUGAAUUAAAACUUUAACAUAUUGCAUUAUAGAAUGACAGUACUCCUGAAGACUGUGUAACUCUGGAAAGUCAUAAAAUCUCCCAGUCAUGGGGAUUAUGAACACCCCAAAUACUAGAAACCUACAAUGCCUAUUUUGUUUAAAGGCAUCAUUGAAGAGGGAGAUAUUCUCAGUGCUUCCAUGGGAAGCCAUAUGGUCAACAGGACACUGACCUAUCCUGGCUCUUGUCAAGUCUGGUAGAGAAAAAAGACUGAGGAAGUCAAGCAUUCCUCAUAAACUCCCUAAGAGCAACCCCUGAAGAGAAAAAUUACCUCCAAAAUUUUAGAAAAAUAGCAUACUCUAAGAUGACAUUUUCAGUUUUGGAUACCCCACAAGAAAAUCAAACCAGAAACAAGUUCAAAAUGAUGUAAACAUUUACGCCUCCCACAAUUUAUUUUAAUAGAUAUAUUUUGACUUUAGAGACCUCUUUUAUUCUACUUUAUAAUUUAUAAGGGCUAUUAUACUUUUUAGAUUAUAGUAUAGAUAGUAUAUGGCAUGGUCUCCCAAAACUUAUGUACAACUCAGUUCUUACAAGACAUUAUAAACUAAACCUGUCCCUUUUUAGGUCUUACAUGUACAGUAGUACAUGACACCACACAAAACAAGUUUUAUUCAAAUGAACCUGUGGACUAUAAGUCCUGUUCAAACACCAAAAACAAAAACCUUAUCAUAUAUUUCCUCCAUGUAUUAGUCCUGUGGGUCAGCAAAACACCCACCAACACUGAUUUUAUUUAAAUUAAUUUGGAUAUAUAAAUAUUGUAAUCUAAUGAUAACUUAUGGGCAAGAGAACUAUGUGGUCAUCACAACUGUUCUUCAUUCCAAUGUGUAUUGUUCCAGCUUUCAUUCUUGUCUCCACUCCAUGUCAUCACACACAGAAAUGCUUUCUUUUUCAAUUUAUGUGUAAUAAUUUUAACUUUAUGAGGUUCAGAAGGAAGAUUCACUAAUAAAGAGUUAAGAAAAAUAUUAAAGAUGUUUCCUACCCAUGUGCCUGUGUUACCUUUGAAUAUCCUUGAUGGAAUAUCAAAUGAAUGCCCCUCUCUAGUCUUUUCUUUUGUGCUUCCAUAUGAUUUUUUUUCUUUUCCCCAUGCUCCCAACAUGAUGCUACAUACCAUACUGUGAUAUAUUAAACUGGGUACAUGCCGGGUUCAGUAUUGAACAGAGAUGCCACAAAUGUUUGUGAAUGAGUGAGAACACUGCAGAAUAUUUGCUGAUAUAUUUCCAGGAAAUAGGAAGAAAAGUUACUUGAUAGGAUUAGAGGUAAAUUGUUAGUAGAAAAUUCGAGGUCAUUUUCAGUAAGAGAUCAUUUGUGAGGGACAAAUGAAGGACUGAGAGCUGCUCAGGUUCGAAGCCCGUGUGCCAGGUCUUUUGUGUCAUGCUUUGAGUAUAUGGCUGCUCAGAUCUUCAGGGAAUGCCAAGUGAGAUGAGAGGAGUGAAAAAGGUAGAAUUAGCAGUAAACUAAGCUUCUUUGGUAUUUCUUUAUCAUGAAUCCUGUGUCCACCAGCAUGGUUUUAUAAAACUGAUGUGCUUGAUUAAGGAUGUUUGUAUUUAAACUUGAUAGAUAUUGCUUAAUUGUAUUCCAAUAAAGUACAUUACACUUUGCUGUCACCAAAAUAGAUACUAUUUUCUUUGUCAAUCACAAAAGCAAAAAAUGACAUUUGUUCAUUUUUGUGGGAGGAAGCUACCAGUCCUCAGAGACAGGGAGAAAUAGUGAUCAGCAACUAAACCCCACCUUCAUUUCACCUCUUUUUUAUUUGUUUACAGUCUGGAUACUUGUUUAGGAUAGGUAUGUUCUUCUAUGUGUAUCCCUCCCAUGGAGCUUUCUCAUUGUGUACAUGGUGGUACCUCUAUGUGGAUUUUCCAUAUCUAGUCACUGCAGGGACCCUGAUGAUACUGCCUCCUGACUGCUUAUACUCACAGUUAUGUACCCCUUGGUAGUUAUCUUUGUGGCAACAUGUCAUUUCAUGGUCCAGUCAUAAAAUUGAAUAUU